ACGACGUUCCCUAACUGUCACGUGACUCGCUUGAUUAGAAGAAGCAUGGCGGACAUGCAUGCGGAGCUCCAAAACAAACUCCUGAUUUUUUUCAGUUAGCUGUAUUUUAAAAUAUUAUCCAACCAUCGUGACAGCAUCCACGUUUACUGCAUUGGACGCCCAACUGUACUGCAACAUGGACGAGGGGAAUAAGCUACAAUUCCCCUCACUACCUGCGUCCAAAGAGGAUCAAUUGGAUUGGGCAUAUCCGAUGAGACGAGAGAUGCAGGAAAUUCUCCCUGGCCUAUUUUUAGGUCCAUACUCAGCGGCCAUGAAAAGCAAACUUUCUGCACUCGAGAAGAAUGGAAUAACGCACAUAGUAUGUGUGAGACAAGACAUUGAGGCCAACUUCAUCAAGCCAAACUUCCCACUAAAAUUUAGAUACCUCGUUUUAGAUAUUGCCGACAGUCCUGUGGAGAACAUCAUUAGGUAUUUCCCAAUGACUAAAGAAUUUGUCGAUGGAUGUUUAGAAGCUGGAGGAAAGGUACUUGUCCAUGGGAAUGCAGGGAUUUCAAGAAGUGCUGCCUUAGUUAUUGCCUACCUUAUGGAGACGUUUGGCGUUAAAUACAGGGAUGCAUUUAGCCACGUACAGGAGAGAAGGUUCUGCAUUAAUCCCAAUAUGGGCUUUGUGCAUCAGUUACAGGAAUAUGAAGCGAUCUACCUAGCCAGGCUAACCAUUAAAAUGAUGUCACCUGUCCAGUUGGGGCGACCCUUUUCUAUCCAGGCUGGCAUGCCAGGAAGUUUGAAAAGAACAUUCGAGGAAGAUGAUGACUUUGGAAGUAUGCAAGUUACAGCUGCACAGAAUGGAUAAGCUUUAAUGGGUGUGCUUUAGGGUUUUUUUUUUGUUUGUUUUUUUGUUUUGUUACAUUUUUAUUGAGAUUAUGUAAAUGUAAAUAUUUGAACUUUUGUAAGGAAUGGGGUUGGGGGGAAAGACUGUUUCUUGUGUCUUGAGACCCAUGAAGCUGGGGAGGGGGGUGGGUUAGCUUUGAUAUUUUUUUUUGUUUGUUUUUGUUUUGUUAUUUUCCUGCGGCUGUAUAUGCACUGAUGAGGUUUUUUGCAGUUUUAUAGUAUUUAAGGCAUAUUGCAUUUGCAGUGGGACGGUAUUGCAAUAAUGCACUUUUGAUACUUGAAUUCCUGUAAUUUAGCAGGUCUAGGGCAGGUUGACAAAAGGGAAGGUAAAGUCAGUCACUGCCUUUGUGGGGGGGGUACUGGGGGGGGUGGGGUCUGAGGCCUGCCUUUUGAGGCUGGGGUCUUAGGGCUUUAUGGGGCGUCUCGAUGUGAGCCGACGCCCAGCUUAAGAGGAAACAGCUUACCGAAAUUUAACCCACUGCUCAAUUAAAAAAAAGAAAUGGCUAACUUAA